AGAUGCCAGUCAGAUUAAGCUACGCCUUCUUUCAGAAAUAGAUCAAGCAGUAGAGGUCAAAUUCCGAUAAAAGAGUUAAUGUUUGACUACGCUGUGUUUCUCUGAACACAAACAUAAUCACGCAACUCUUAUUUUAAUGAUAAAAAUUAUGUUUUAAGGAUCAUUGCACUCAAAUCUGUUUUCAUAUUCUUUACUCUGCAGUUUACCGCGUUCUCCUCUCCACUGGAUCUUUUUAUCAGUUCUGCUCUGGGUUAUUCAGGAUACAUGAAAUCAUUUUUCCUAUUUUUUAUGUGCUUAGGCUUCUUUUGAAGUUGUGUUCAUGCCUGGAACUAAACACAUUGCCUGCAACAUGCUGAUUACGCAGCUCAGAAAGCUGAAAAAUUACUAGUAUACAGUACGUGGGGUUAAUGGGUUAGUUUCACCUCAGAGAAAGAGCGAUAGUGCAGCUGGGUUCAAUGUUCACGGACAUGCUCUAAUAGAGGCUAUUCACAACUGCUGCCAUUUGUGCACAAAUGAAUUUGACUGCAGAGAGCCACAGCGUCCCUCUCAGUGAUGGGAAUUGUAUUCCACUCCUGGGACUGGGCACAUAUGGGGACCCUCGAACCACCCCCAGAGGCACAGCGCUCGAGUGUGUCAAACUGGCCAUAGACGUGGGCUACAGACACUUUGAUGGGGCAUUGGUGUACUUCAACGAGCACGAAGUGGGUCAAGCCAUCAGAGACAAGAUCGCUGAUGGAACUGUUAAAAGAGAGGACAUUUUUUACUGUGGGAAGCUCUGGAAUACCUUCCAUCCACCAGAGCUGGUGAGACCAGCCUUGGAGAAGACACUUAAAGCCUCAGGACUGGGCUAUGUGGAUCUCUACAUUGUUGAGCUUCCGAUGGCCUUCAAGCCCGGAAAAGAAUUUUAUCCUAAGGACCGUGAUGGAAAAUACAUCUACCACCAUACAGACCUCUGUGCAACAUGGGAGGCUUUGGAGGCUUGCAAAGAUGCGGGGCUGGUUAAAUCCCUGGGAGUCUCCAACUUCAACCGCAGGCAGCUGGAGCUGCUGCUGAAUAAACCAGGCCUCAAGCACAAACCUGUAUCCAACCAGGUUGAAUGCCAUCCAUAUUUCACUCAGCCCAAGCUUCUGGAGUUCUGUCGUCAGCACGACAUCGUGAUUGUUGGUUACUGCCCAAUCGGCUCCUCCAGAGAUGCAUCCUGGGUGAAUGUGAAAUGUCCUCCUCUGCUGGAGGACCCGCUGCUCGUGUCCAUCGGGAAGAAGUACCGGAAGAGCAGCGCCCAGGUGGCUCUGCGCUUCAACGUGCAGAGAGGAGUUGUCGUGAUUCCCAAGAGCUUCAGCCCGGAGAGGAUCAAGCAUAACUUCCAGAUUUUUGAUUUUUCACUCACCGAUGAAGAAAUGAAAGCAAUUGAAGCACUGAACAAAAAUAUUCGCUUUGUGGAGCUGCUGAUGUGGAGCGAUCAUCCAGAGUACCCCUUUCAUGAUGAAUACUGAUCUUUUCUGUGAUGCUUUUGCAGUUUAUCGGCUCUUAUUUGUCCACUGGGGACAAAUAAGGAGCUUUUACUUACCUACGUACCUUAAAAACAAAAGUAGAUGAAAACGGAAAGUGGUGAAAUGGACUUGAGCUGUUCUUCGUGUCAUUUGUAAUAUAUUCACUUCACCACUGUGAACACUAGAGAGCUCCAGCUCCCUGUGAAGGGAAACAGACCGGGCGCUCCAAAGACUGCCUGCAUCUCUGAAGAGGAUCAAUAAAACUUCUCUCUGAUUCACAGUCACUUAAUUGUAUACAAUGAUUGAUUACAAUACUACAACAAUAAACAACAGUAAAAUUUUAUAACUGUUAGUUAUAUUCGGCCUGAUUUCAUCAAACAAUACUUAAUGCUCCGAUAUGCUGAUCAUAGUGUUGAGAGUGCCUUCUUUUGUUACUCAAAGUGUGUGUUGUGUCAAGUAUUUACAUAAAUUAAUAGUUUUUAAAGACUGUGACUGGCAAAAACAAAACUGAGAAAUGUCCCCAGUACCAUGCUUACAAAUAAACAGCUGUGUUUGAGUUAACACAGAUGUUGGGGUCAAAAAACCCCAAAUAAUUACAUAAGUUCAAAAAGCCACAAAUACGGCACUGUUGUAAGAAGCAAAGGGGGAAUCCUGUGGGAGGAAUCCAAAGAUAAUAAGUUCCUGAUUUUGGAGCUAAGCUUGAGUAACUGCAGACCAUUCUGACUCGGGUUCCAAGAACUUGUUCUUAAUAUGAAAGCAGAUAGGUAACCUAUCAAAAACAGUGUUU